AUGGCAAAACCAAGUGAAGUCUGUCAUUUUAAAAUUCUAAUUAUCGGCGAAUCAAGUGUUGGAAAAAGUAGUUUAAUGACUCGUUUUGUUGAUGAAACAUUUCAAGCAACAUUUUUCCCUACGAUCGGAGUUGAUUUUAAAGUUCGAACAUUACUCAUCGAUGGUUAUCAAUGCAAAGUUCAGAUUUGGGAUACCGCUGGCCAAGAACGAUUUCGCGUAAUCACCACUUCUUAUUAUCGUGAUGCAGCUGGUGUCCUCAUCGUUUAUGACGUAACCAAUGGCGAAUCUUUCUCUCGUAUUCGUCGUUGGAUCGAUGAAAUAAAUAAAUACUGUGAUGACAAUAUAGCUAAAGUACUUGUUGGCAAUAAGGAUGACAAUCCAUCGACAGAAGGUAAUCAAAGCGAAAAAGUUGUAGCAACAUCAGAUGCUGAACAAUAUGCACGUCAAAUGAAAUUAACAUUUUUUGAAACAUCAGCAAAAGAUAAUAAAAAUGUUUAUGAAGCUUUUUAUGCUAUAACACGUUUAGCAUUGCAAAGACGUUUAGAAGCACGCGUAAAAGCACAAGAAAUGCAACACAAUGAUACGACAAAUGGUGGUAUAUCAUCACAAACUGUUCGAUUAAAAACAUCGAAAAAAUCCAAGAAGAAAGAUAAAAAACUUAAGGCGGCAUGUUGUAAUUAA